AUGUUUCCAUACGACGAAUUUCCACAAAAACAUUUGCUCGAUCGGCAACAAAAAUGCCGUGUAUGCAAAAUCGUAAAUAAACAACUACGACAAGUCCAAAAGUGCAAUGAACUCACAACAGAAGAUCGUCGUGAAAGAGUUCCUUGUGUUGAUAAUGAUGAUUAUGAUUAUGCAGAUGAUGAUGAUCAGGAUGAUGAUCAGGAUGAUGAUGAUGAUGACGAUGAUGAUGAUGAUGAGAAUGAUGAAAAUGAUGAGGUUGAGCAUGAAUAUUAUUAUUGUCAAAAUGGUGAGGAUCAUCAUUUGGACGAAUGCGACGUUUUCUACAUGCGAAAUCAAUUGAAUUAUGAUGAAGACGAUGAAAUAGCUGAAACGAAUGAACAACAUUACUUUGAUUCGCGAAAGAAGAGAAAAUCGAUUAAAAAAUUGAUUGUGAAAAAUUCAGAAAACCGGGAUUCACAUCAGUCACGGAAAGGGCGUAAAGAUAUAAAAAUAUUUAACAGAUGUCGUUCGGAAGAAAACUUCGAUUUUUUGUGA